AUGAAAGUUUUCACUGUUGAUUUCGCAAGUAAAUUUGCAGAGGAAGCGCGUAUGUUUGACUGCGCCUACAGAGAUGUACUUCUGCUCGAGAAGUUUCUGGAGGAAGCGCCAUUUCAAAUUGUCCAGCCAUUUCCGUUUCAUUUUUCAAAUAACAGUCAGUCUGUUAUGACUGAACCAGUGGAAACCGCUGCGCCAUCACAGUUAACAAGACGUAGCGUUUUUUCGGAACGAUUACCAGCUGUAAACAAUCAGUUAGCGAGUAAAAAAUAUCAUUCCUCGGACCAUAUUCGGAAGCAGUCAAGAGAAGCACUUCGAGAUCGUAAUGUUUCAUCGGCAUCGAAGAAUUUGAAUUAUGAUUUGGAAACACCAAUUUUGAAUGGCGGUUCGGUGUCCGAAAAUUUGUCGCCGGGUGUGCAAAUUCCAACUCGAAUUAUUCUGAAUGACCGAUCAAAAAAUGUACGCGAAUUACGAAUAUCAUCCAACGAUCCAAACGUUUUUGUUUUCACUGACAACGGCCGCGAAAAAAGGUAUGUGGAGUGUUCGUAUUUUUGUAAUUUCUCGCAAAACAAAUGGGGCGUUGUGAGUAAAUUUUAA